AUGCCCGUGAUUAGCAUAGUUUUGAUACCCAUGGUGCCUAUAAUUAUGGUGCCCCUAACCAUGGUUUCCGUUUUUGCUCUUUGUGCCACAUUGGUAGUAGUUCGCGCUUAUAGUCAUGGAGGAUCAGCUGUGAGCUACUCAACAGUGUCUCACGACUCACCAGUUGGAUAUCAUAAUUACGGAAACCACGGUCAUGGGCACCACAAAUAUAGGCAUCAUGAGUACCAAAACUAUGCUGCUUAUGGACAUGGAUAUGGAUAUGGCGCCCAAAGUUACUCAAAUCUAGUAAACCACAACAACCACUACGCUCAUGAAUACACUGGCCAUGGCCUUAACCACGCCAGCCAUGCAUUAAUUUACACAGGACAUGGCUUGAACUAUGAUCACCACAACUCUUACGCACGAAACGAUUAUCAUCAUACUCAUCCUCAAUACUCAUUCCAAUAUGGUGUCAACGAUCACUACACCGAAGAUGUCAAAUCACAACAUGAAGUCCGUGAUGGUGACGUAGUAAAAGGUCAAUACUCAUUGGUUGAACCUGAUGGUUCCGUACGCACCGUUAAAUAUGCAGCCAACGACAGAGAUGGUUUCAAUGCACUUGUUUCUAAAACUGGACCUACUGUACAUUCCCUCGGACAUCACGGACAUCAUUGGUGA